AUGGGUCAACCAACCACCAGGAGAUAUGAGUUGCUGAGUGCGGCGAUGUUGGGAUUCGGACAUCUUUGUAUUAUGGUUGGAUACGAUUCGGAGUCAUUCGUCCUGGAAUCGGUAAUCCACUCAAUUCAUGAAAGAACUCCGGAUGUUAUCAGCAAGUAUGAGGGGUAUUAUGGCCAAGCAGUGAUGUAUAUUGUCUAUAUGAUUGGAUGUUUAUUCUCACCAUCGAUUCUGAAUGAAAUCGGCUCCAAACGGAUUUUGAUUCUCGCCGCGAUUUGUUAUGCGGCAUUUCCAUUGGGAUUUUUUUUCGUCAAUUCUUAUUACUAUUACUUUUCUCAAAUGUUACUAGGAUUGGGUUAUGCAUUAUACUACCAAGGAAAUGGCGGGUACAUGACAUCACACUCCACUAGGAAAACUAUCGAGGCGAAUGUUAAUAUUGCGUGGAGUGUCGGGUGUUGUUGCCUUCUCAUUUCCUCCGGCAUCCUGGCUAGUGUCACCCAUAUGACAUACUCUCAAACCCACGGAAACUUGACAAUCACAGAUGACAAGGGAAAUUUGGAUUUGGAGAAUCUUGUGGAGAGACGAUUCAGUGAUUUGGAGAUAAAUCUCCUUUUCGGAAUCUUUCUGGGUGCUUCUAUCCUUGGAAUAAUCACUUUCAUUGCUUCGCCUGGAAAAGAUGUCACUAAUUGCAUUCAGGAGACCAAAAAGAAGGGGACUUUUCUUGAGAGUUUUAAGCAAACCUGUACCGCUCUCAUCUCCCAAAGUAUGCUGGAACUGUUUCCCCUGUUCUCAGUACUUGGUAUCAGCUCCUCAUUCUGGUUAUCCAUUUUUCCGACUGCUAUGAAUUUCACCGUCGCCAACUCGGGAAUGACGUAUCUCUGCGCUAUUUAUCCGUUGGGAAUCGGUGUCGGCGAGAUUUUCAUGGCCCUAUUCAUCACCCAAAUGAGUCGCCGUCACAAAGAUUUCUGCCUCCAACCAACGAUGGCUCUGGGAACUAUUUUCUCUAUAAUUGCAUUCAUUAUGGUACAUGUAUCGACUCCUUAUGACUCCCCACACAGACCGACCAGAGACGACGCAUUGCUCUUUGGGCACAGCUACUUCUUCAUUUUCAUGAUCGGAGUCAUCCUUGGAAUUGGAGACUGCUGUUUGAAUAGUUGCAGAUCUGUGAUUUGUGCAUUGGCUAUGCCGGAUAGAAGAGCUCAAGCUUUCUCGAUUUCAAAGUUGUAUCAGGCGCUCGGCUCAUGCAUCCUGUUUUUCCUCUCUCCAAUAAUCCCAUUGUAUGUCUAUACAAUCGGAAUAUCAAUUCAUUUGAUCAUCGCUACCGUAUUCUUCUUCAUGACUGCCAGAAGAACACAAACGAUGGAGAGAAAGAUGACAGUUGAGGAGAAGAAAUAA